AUGAAGCAGCCACAGCAGGUGCUGCAAGCUGCCCAGAGUUGGACUUCACCCCCAAAGGCCCCCUCCUCCAUCGCCUCCCGAGACAGACGGAUGCCAACAGGGUCUCUCUGCCUGACGAGGAUUUCACCUGGGACCUCCUGCAUGCAAAGCAUUGAAUUUGAGACCUUAAAAAAAAUGUUUAAAGGUACGGUGUGUGGAAAGUGCUUUAGUCAGAAUGGAAUCCUUAAUGUACACCAACAAAGUCAUAUACGGGAGAAACCAUUUAAAUGUAUGGAGUGUGGAAAGAGCUUCACUAAAGGUUUACAACUGAACAUACAUCUAUGA